CAAAAAAUCAACAUAAAUAUUUAUAAAUUCUAGUUUAACAGUUUUUGAAUGAAAUGAACCAUUUGUUAUGAAAUUCAUGAAAGAAUAAGGCAUGUGGCAACGGUUUUAUUUUCUCAUCCUUUGCGCUUUUAACUCAGAAAUAAAUCAACGAUGUAUUUUAAACAGCCGCGUGCAUUUUGGACAACCGCUACCAGUUAUUAUCAGAAACGAGAGAUUGUUAGAACCAAAUGACAAUAACGGUAAUGUGGAACUUAAUUACGGCGAGGCGAUGAUUUUGAGCUGUGAAGGAGCGGGUACCAUAACACACCCAAGCUUAACUCAGCAUCUUCCAACUGCUUCUAUUACUUGUGCAGGAGGGGAAAAUUUUAGGAAUGAUAACUGGCUUACUUUCCCUGCCAGUUUCUCUUUCUUCCGAUGCUCUGAUCCUCCAAAUAAUAAUCGCCCAAUCCAUUGUAGUGAACGCACAAAUCGCACGUGCUUCGGGGGAAAUCAAAUCGUUGAGGUUGGAUACAGAAGUCAAAAUCAAUUCUAUCCCGUCUUCGAAUCUUGCUUCGAUCACGGUAAUUUGAAUCCAAUUUACUCAAAAUAUACACAGAAGCCUUACAACGCGUUAUAUCAAACUAAAGUUGACAGGCCAUAUUUUGUAGAUGACGGUCAUUAUGGAGGUGUCCCAGUAGACACUCUGUUCUCCCCUAAAAACCAAAGAGAUGCUGUUGCUAAAUACGUCGGACCUUUGAUUGAAACUUACGUUACUGAAAGUCAACACUUAUCAAGAGGUCAUUUGGCCGCUAAAACAGAUUUCGUUUUCGCUUUUAGCGAGCGUGCCACUUUUCACUACGUCAAUUGUGCUCCACAGUGGACUGGAUUUAAUGGCGGAAACUGGAAUACAUUAGAAGUUGAUCUCAGGAACCAUAUUCACUAUGCUGGUUACGAUACCAUCGUUUAUACAGGUACUUACGGCGUCACGGAACUUAAAAACCAUUUAGGUCUCAGAGUCGAAAUAUACCUUUACAGUGAUGUUAAUAAUAAUCAAGUUAUUAGAGUACCACAGUAUUAUUAUAAGGUUGUGUAUGAGCCUUCAACACAGCGUGGAAUCGCCUUUGUUGGUAUUAACAAUCCGUACUACACUGCAAACGAAGCUCGAGAAUUAUUCUUCUGCAAAGACAUUUGUAGAUCUGGAAACUUCCGCUGGCUAUCAUGGCACCCAGAUAAUCCUGCUGAGGGAUAUGCGUUCUGUUGUACAGUAGCUGAUUUUAGAAACACUAUAAAACAUUUGCCAGAUUUUGAAGUGACAGGUUUAUUGAUGUAGUUUAAUUGGUGAAAUCUUUUCCGUUCAAUGAAAGUGUUUGUUCUGGAAAAUAAAGAAGUUUGUUUAACA